UUUGCUGGUCAGAAAGUCGCAAAAGCAGAUCACACAACUCCCGGGACACUGCAACCGUCAUAAAUAUGAGUCGGUUGCCAAGCGUCUGAAUUUUGACCAUGUGGAUGCUGCAACGGUUGUAAGUGAGAAAAAACGUUCAUAAGUCACAUUUUUUCAGUGCCGUUGUAUCUUCGGACAGUCACUAAACAAACAUACAAGUAGUCCUCGACUUCCGACCACAAUAGAACCCAGAAUUUCUGUUGCUAAAUGAGACAUUGGUUGAGUUUUGCCUCAUUUUACCACCUUUCUUGCCAUAGUGGUUCAGUGAAUCACUGCAGUUGGUAAGUUAGUAACCCGGUUGUUAAGUGAAUCUGGCUUCCCCACUGACUGCUUGUCAGAAGGUCACAAAAAGGGAUCCCAUGACCUUGGGACCCAGCUACGGUCAUAAGUGUGCCAAACAUCUGAAUUUUGAUCCCAUGAUCAUGGGGAUGCGUCAAAGGUCGUAACAGUGAAAAAUGGUCAUAAGUCACUUUUUUCACGGCCGUUGUAUGUUUAUAUGGUCACUAAACAAAUGGCUGUAAGUCAAGGACUACCUGCAUUCUCCUCCAAAACGGGGCGUGUUAGGAACUAUGCUCAUCAUCUGGUUUCUGAAUCUACCCACAGAGAGAUUGUUUAACUGGGAAGUUUGCUUUUAAGAUCUGCUUGUUGUUGUGACCGGAAGCUGAACAUACCUUUCAAGCAGGCAUCUGCAGUCUCUCUCUUGCCUGUCCUGUCAGCCUUCCUAGAUUAAAAAAUGAAGGUCUCUGUCUGGAUUAGCCCAGCAAACUGAUCCAGAUCGUUCCCCUUUGCACAAACCAGCAUAGCAACAACAGACCGGUUUGCAAUAAUUUGGGCAACCUCUGAGUGGACCUUGGAUUACCCUCCCUUUUUUGCCUGGUUCGAGUGUCUGCUUUCCCAGGCUGCCGUGUACUUUGACAAAGAGAUGCUGUCCGUUCAGAAUCUCAACUAUUCCAGCCAAAUGACCGUUCUUUUCCAAAGGCUAUCGGUGAUCGCUACCGAUACGCUCUACAUCUAUGCUGUGUACCAAUGCUGCACUUGUGUAAACGGGAAGCGAGGUGCAAAAGAACUCUUGGAAAGCCCACCGUUCGUUCUUUCGGUCCUUCUCCUGUGGAAUUUUGGUCUCUUAAUUGUGGAUCAUAUUCACUUCCAAUACAACGGUUUCCUCUUUGGAUUGCUGCUGCUUUCCAUUGCACGAUUAUUCCAGAAAAGAUACUUGGAGGGAGCUUUUCUCUUUGCUGUCCUCCUGCAUUUCAAGCACAUCUACCUCUACGUAGCCCCAGCCUAUGGCAUCUAUCUACUCCGAUCUUACUGCUUCACCCAAAGUAAUCCAGAUGGAUCUCUUCGGUGGCGCAGUUUCAGUUUUUUACGCUUAAUCGUGCUUGGAUUAAUUGUCUGCCUGGUUUCUGCCGUUUCCCUGGGGCCGUUUUUGGUUUGGGGUCAACUUCCUCAAGUCAUCUCUCGCCUCUUCCCUUUCAAACGGGGCCUCUGCCAUGCGUACUGGGCCCCAAACGUUUGGGCGGUGUAUAACUCCCUUGACAAAAUGUUGUCAGUCCUUGGAUUGAAGUACCAAUUGCUUGACCCUGCAAAAAUAUCUAAGGCAGCCAUGACAGGAGGGCUGGUUCAGGAAUUUCAACACACCGUCCUUCCUUCUGUGACCCCACUGGCAACCCUAUGCUGCACCGCCAUCUCCAUGCUGCCUUCUGUUUUCUGUCUUUGGUUUAAACCCCAAGGGCCCAGAGGAUUCCUCAGGUGCUUGGUUCUCUGUGCGCUAAGCUCCUUCCUGUUUGGCUGGCACGUCCACGAGAAAGCCAUUCUCCUCGCCAUUCUUCCUUUGAGCUUGCUGUCUGUGGAGAAGUCAAGAGAUGCUGGUAUUUACCUAAUACUGUCCACUACGGGUCAUUUUUCCCUCUUCCCACUGCUGUUUACCACGCCAGAGCUGCCCAUUAAAAUACUGCUGAUGCUCCUCUUUUCAGUGUACAGUUUCUCCUCCCUCAAGGCCCUGUUCAGGAACGAGCCUCUGCUUAACUGGCUGGAAGCAGUCUACCUCAUUGGGCUGAUACCCGUAGAAAUCGUCUGUGAAAUUGUGUUCCCUUUUACUUCCUGGGCUCAAAAACUGCCUUUCUUGCCUCUGUUGCUCACCUCGGUGUAUUGUGCUGCCGGCGUCAUUUAUGCCUGGCUCAAGCUCUACAUCUCGGCCUUCACAGGCCCAUCGGAAGGCAAAUCAAAGAAAGAACAAUGAUAUAUCUAUCUAUCAUUGGGUUCCAAGCCGGGGAGGAUCGUUCCAAAAAAGUUCACAACCGCAACAGCUGCCAACAUGGGAUGUCCUGUCCAAUUCCAGAAAUGGAACUUUCAAACUCGUUCUUUAAAGUCUUGGGGACCUGAAACUAAUCGGUUUUUUAAACCAGUGCAACCUGAAUGCAAUAUUGGGUUAUUUCCAUAAUUGCUGUAGCAAGAAAACAAAAUCAACGUUUUUUUCUUAUUAUUCUUUUUAAUCAUUGCAAAGGCCAUAGGGAUGUGCUGAUACAAAUACAAAGAGAACGGGAACUAUUCUUUCUCCCCAGUUCGAUGACGUGGAUUGAAGGAGAUAAUUACUUAAAAUUGAAAUAGGCACACUCCAUCUAACUGAUGUGUAUUGUAAGGAAAAACAUUUGAAUUAUAAGGAAAGACAUUUGCCAAUCUAAGAGAUGGACUUUGCAUCUACCCAAGAAAAGGACACAGGCUGAAUUCCCCAACUCUAUAUUACGGAAUCACUGUUCUCUAGAAAAAGUUAUUAUCAUGCAGGGGCACAAAAACGAAAAUGUGAAUAAAGGAUUUGGUUUUGUAUCUGU